GUCUUAGUUGGCUGGGCUAGGUCAGUCCAGAAGUGCUGCAUAUUUGCUUUUGCGGCAGGUUUAUAUUUUCAUACUUAUCCGUCACGAAGGGGCCAAUUACAAGUGCAUCAGGAAUGCAUUGUCAGUGUAAAUUCUUUUAGUCAAUCUGUGACUAAAAGAAGCGAUUAUCUGUCAUGGGAAGAGUACUUCAUGAGUAUUGCAUUGUUGGCUGCACAGCGUAGCAAAGAUCCACACACUCAGGUUGGAGCGGUCAUUGUAAACCAAGACAAAAAAAUAAUUGCGACAGGAUACAACGGCAUGCCUAACGGAUGUUCGGACGAUAUCAUGCCAUGGGGUAAAAGAGAUGAGAAUCCGCUGAAUACCAAAUACCUGUAUGUUUGUCAUGCUGAAAUGAAUGCUGUUCUAAACAGAAACUGUGAAUCAACGCGAGGUGCAACUCUUUACACAUCUUUAUUUCCUUGUGCUGAAUGUGCAAAAAUUAUAGUCCAGAGCGGCAUAGCCGAAGUUGUGUAUUUGCAAAUUAAAGAGAACAAAGUUGAUACAGUAGCUGCUAAGCGCAUAUUUGAUAUUGUAGGGGUGAGUUGUUUCUUAGCUUCUAGAAAUCGCUAUUGCAUACAGUACAGGCCGUUUGUAUCGAGAAGGAAAAUUCUUCUUGAUCUCUCAAAUGUAGGGCAAAAUCCUUUGGCUUCCGACGAACAGAACUUUACGCAGGAAUAUGUUAUUAACGGUCUCGAAAAACUUCAAACAUAA